CCCCGGAUCUUGCUUCAGUUGGUACUGACCUAGUCAACGGCCCCAUCCGCCGGUGAAGGCUACAUUAAACGAAUUGCGGGGAAAUGGCUUUCAAUUUGCUCCUCGGAAUUUUGGUCUGCAUCGGCAUAUGCUACCAUACUCUUGGGUCCAUGUGCUUUCACCGCAAUAUCCAACACGAUGGCACCUGUGCUCACUGCCCAGCAUGCUUUCGAUGGAGGCUGAGAGAUUCGGAGAUCAAGCGUAGUUCGAUGUUUCGAACCUCCGAUAGCUACUACCUUACCGCCCACCGCUUUCAUGGGGCUAUUACCUGUCUGACAGGGUCUUCGGACAUCAUUCAGACGCAGAUAUUCAGUCAGGUCAAAUUACUGUUUGGUUCAUCAAAGCAUCGGGAUUUCGCCAGCCUCAACAUUCUGAGUUGCUAACUGGUCCAAAUGGUGUCAUUCCAUUUACAUUCACAUUCUGAGACCGAGCUUUGGUGAUGUGGUAAUGAAAUUUCGGUUCUCAAGGAGUAAAUGCAACAUCGUUUGAGGAAACUGCUCCCCAAGCGAGAGCUCAACCUUCUUUGCG